UAUGGUACGGUAUAAAAGUUUAUACUUACAGACUUAUUUGUACAGUUGUAUAUGAAGAUAUUUUGUUGGAAUGAUGAAGGAAAAAUUACUCAAAUAUGUUCAUUCAUUGGCUUCUCAAAUGCCAAUAUUAUUAGUUUUACUUGAUCUACAUUUUGAAGGUGUCGAAGGAGUGAAUAAGGCAGAAGGAAACAAACAUUUAACAUUAGGAAAUCAGUUACUUCAUGCAGGACAACUUGCAGAUGCUUUAACACAAUAUCAUUCUUCAAUAGAUAAUGAUCCCAAUAAUUAUCAAGCAUAUUACAUGAGGGCCACUGUGUAUUUAGCAAUGGGACGGUCAAGAACUGCUCUUCCAGACCUUGAUCAGGUGAUCAGUCUUCAACCAAAUUUUAUAAAAGCCAGAUUACAGAGGGGAAAUUUAUAUUUGAAAAUGGGAAGAUUUAAUGAUGCACAGAUUGAUUAUGAAGCAGUGUUAAGUCAAGAAGAUAAUGCAGAUGCCAAAGCAAAGGUGGAAGUAAUUCGACCACUGAGAAGAAACAUUAACCAAGCGGCUCAAUCAUUUCAAUCAAAGGAUUAUCGACAAGUUGUCAAUUACAUGAAAGAAGUUAUUGAGACUUGUCCAUGGAAUGCUGAAUUUCGUGAAACAAGAGCGAUGGCACAUGAAGGGCUCGGUGAUCUUAGAAGUGCAAUUUCCGAUUUGAAACCUACCACAACAUUACGAUUGGAUAACACCGCUGGAUAUUUAAAAAUCAGUAUAUUGUAUUAUCGUCUUGGUGAUAUUGAACAAUCGUUAGAUGAAAUUCGUGAAUGUCUCAAACUUGAUCCCGAUCAUAAAGAAUGUUAUGCUCAUUACAAAAAUGUAAAAAAACUUUUCAAAACUGUGGAAUCUGGAAGGAAAUUUAUGAAUGAAGAAAGAUGGGAUGACGCUAUUGGUAAAUUUACAAAAGCUCUUCAACAGGAACCAAGAAUUCCAGCAUUUAAUCUCGAAAUAAAACUCAGAAUAUGCGAAAGUUAUGUAAAAAAAGCAUCACCUAUUGAAGCUUUAGCUGCAUGUAAAGAUGUUUUAAAAUAUGAUAGCCACAAUAUACCGGCUAUAUUUUUAAUAUCGGAAGCUUAUACAUUAAAUUCACAAUAUCAAGAAGCCGUUGAUAUUUUACAAGAGGCGAGUCAAAUCGAUGAAAAUUAUCCAGGUUUAAAUGACAAAAUUAAGCAAGCUCAAAAAUUAUUGAAACAAUCUCAAAAGAGGGAUUAUUAUAAAAUUUUGGGAGUUUCAAGAAAUGCAAGGAAACGUGAAAUUGAGAAAGCAUAUAGAAACUUAGCCCGUCAAUGGCAUCCUGAUAAUUUUAAAACAGAAGAAGAGAAAAAAUCAGCAGAAUCGAAAUUUAUUGAUCUUGCUGCUGCAAAAGAAGUUUUAACUGAUCCUGAAAAAAGGAGAAAAUUUGAUUCUGGUGUCGAUCCGUUGGAUCCAGAAGAACAAAACGGUGGCGGACAUCAUGGUCAUGGUUUUCAUUUCAAUCCUUUCGGAGGUGGUGGAUUUAAAUUUCAUUUCGGUGGAAAUCCUUUCCAUGAUCAUGAGGAAUUUUAGUUUUUUCUUUGCGAUUACUCAAUUACAUGGCAGUGCUGCUAGAGAAUUUUCAUCAGGAACUCCUUCGAGCAAAAAUAUUCUGCUGAUACUGUGCCAACAAUGAUCAACUGUCUUUAUCUAUGAAAUUCUACAUCUCUAGAAACAAAGAAAUUGUGUUUCUGGUGCAUAUGUUACUUCUCAUUAAGUUGACUUAAAUGGUGUUUUUU